AUGCUCCGCCGUACAUUGUGGCUGCAGUCGACUCCGACGACGACGACGACGCAUACCAACGCGCAGCAAAAAGUUCUCGAGAUUAACUCCGCAUACUCUCUACUGCGGAUGUGUUAUCGUUCCAUCGACAUUCGAGUGAAGUCACGUCAUGCGCGUCAAUUUCUCCAUAGGCGACUGAUGGAGCAGUGGCGUGAGCACUCUCAGGAGACCAACCCCGAGAAGCAGCGCUUUCUUAUGGACCACGCGGGCGCGUUUCUGCAGGCUCUUCACUCACCACGGAACCCGAAGCCUGGCGAGGUCAUCACCUUCCAGCUCUCGCGCAGGCAGGCCUAUGAAGAGGCGCUGAAGGCGAAGGCGGAGCGCGCCAAGACAGUACACAAGCUGCCCGCUGGUGCGAAGCUGAAUUAG